AUGAGUAUUGCAUCGGGAUCAUCAUCAAUGAUGAUUGACUCAACGACAUCAGGAUCACCUGCAGCUACAGACACCAUUGAUCUGUGGAUAUUCGAUAUCAACAACAACCUUCAUUUACACAUCAACAACAAUGUAUUCUUGCAAACACAGAAGUUUGAUACUGGUCGAUGGGAGACAUCUGAUCCCAACCAAAGUCCAGCGGUGACCACCAUGUUGCUUAGAUCAUUGUUCAAUUUGGUCGAGCACCAACUAGUGCAGUCCAAUGCAUUUCUAAGAUUAGGAAACUCAUUCAUCAGCAAGAAGUCAGAGAGAAAGAUGCCAACCGAUCAUUUCUUUGAGGAUCUAAAGAGCUCAAACAAUGAUGAGCUGAGCGAGCCUUCGUACACAUUUACAUUCUUCUUUUCCAACAGAUCCAUAUUGUUCCAUAUGUUUGUAGAGAGAAAAAGAGUCCAGUGUAUCCACCACCACCAUGACUCUAGGCAGAUUGACCUUACAAACAUCCCCAUCAUUACAUCACCAAACUGUUUCAUUGCGUACACAAAGGAGAGAGAGAGUGUGGCAUUGAGGGACGUUCCUCCUCCUCAGAGAGGAGUGGCCCUGUCAAUUGAUCCCUUUGUGUUGCCCACACAUCAAUGGAAACAAUUGUUCAAUGACAACGGUCCUCUUCGUACCAGGACACCAUUCUCAAAUCCAAAAUAUUUGGAGCUGUUUGGUAUCACCACUCAUAGGUCUAACAUCGAGGGCAUUCUUGUUUCUUUGCCCGCACUUUCAAAGAAUGGUAUCCGCUUCUCCACAGACCUUCUUUAUCUAUACUGUCCCUACACUUCCGACAGCGAUGCCAAGUACCUCCAUGAUAAACUGAAGGAGCAUGGACUGGAGUGUGAUGAUCAAAGUGCACUAUCUCUACUGGAGCACGGAUUGAAUCUAUUCAGAAAGCAGUCACCUCAACUUUCUCACAACACCAAGGACACAUCUGGGCGGGCAGUCGACUAUUGGUCCUACCAACACCCAUUCAUCUUCUCAAAGGAACCAACGGCCCAGUUAAGCAUCUCUGAGAGCAGACCCAUGUUCUCACCCUCGAACUCACCUUUCCCAUCUUCCCCUGGUCAGAGUGUUGCCGGUGGUGGACUCCACUCACCAUUUGUCAACUCUCCCAAGUCACCAGCCACAUCUCCCAUGGUGCACACUGAUGAACAGUCGUCACCUACACCCACUGUUGAGUCAAACGACACCAAGGGCAAACGAUCAUCAAAGCCAUCUCAAAGCAAGAAACAAACCAGCAGAAGCACAAAGAGAAAGAAAGAGGAUGAGGAAAUCUUGAUGAGUGGCACAAGCAAGCCUGUCGCAUCCACACUUAUCAACACCACAACCACUUCCACUGCGACAACAGCAACGACGACAACAGAGAUCCGACAACAUCAAGCUCAACCGACUCAACAACAUCCCCCCAUGAACCAACACCAACAACAACAACAACAACAACAACAACAACGCUCAUUUUUGGGAUCCGGUUCAAUUGACCUCUUUGGUUCCGAUGCUCUUGGUGAUAUCAACUCAUUAUCUUUCACAAAGAAGGACGAUGAUCUCAUGCAUCUCUCUGACACUGAUAUCGACCUAGAAUCAUGGACCAAACACUACUCCCCAAACUCUGGCCAUAGAGUGGGCUCACAGGUCAACAAUCAGUCACAUCUGGUACCCAGCGAUGCAUUUGUUCCAGGUCUCAAUCACAUAUCUACUAAGCAAGGACAGCCAGUUCAAGCUCAGAUGGGACCACCACCACCAUCAAUGUUCACAACAGCUCCAAUCAAUUCAGACAAUCCACGUUUACAACCAUUCUCUGCAGUUGUGAACAAGCAGGGUAUUCAGCAACAACAACAACAACAACAACAACCAAUGACAAGUUUAAACAAAUCGAAUCCAUCAAUAGCGACAACAAACCACUCGAAUCCAAUCAAUAUACCUUCGACAACAGGCCAGGUACCUACCAUGAUGGGCAGUGCAUUCUCUUUGGAUCAGAACAUCCAGCUGAACCCGGCAUUUCUUGUUCCCUACAAGGCACCUUCACUUAGCCAGAGCAACAUUCCCACGAUGCCCGACAUUCCGACCGAUCUGUAUGGAAGUGGUGGUACCCAUAGUUUACAUCAUGUGCACAAUGACAGAGAUACUAUCAUUGGGAGUGGCAGCGAGAACUCAGCAUCACAAAUGCUCAUGUCUGGUGGGAGCAAUCCCAAAUCGAUCUCGUCGAUUCAGUUCACACCCGAGGGUACAUCUUCUUCGUCCCUGUCACAGUACAUGCAACAAAUCAAUCACAGCAGCGAUCUACUCCACAACUCUAUCGAUGAGAGCAUGGAGGGUCUGGCAUCAGUGUACAGUGCACUCACUGUGUCCAAAAUCAGCGAUCAACAGUCAAACUCCAACCUCUUUGGGAAAAGCAAGGUGCCAUAUUAUUGUCCUCCGUCGUACAAACCAUUCGACGAGACAUCCCAUCCAUAUCAAACCAAGUUUGAAUAUUCCUACGUUCCCAUUUCACGUUCACUCCCUUCCAAUAUGCAGAAUGUUCGAUACACUCCAUAUGUCCACACCUCCACUGGAUCAGGUAUCACCAACGCCAAGUUACUCCAUACAAACAAUCAACAAAAACAACAACAACAACAGCAGCAGCAACAACAACAGCAACAACAACUACAAGAACAGCAACAACAUCAAAACCCAACAAACAUUCAAUCAUCAACAAAUGAUAUUUCCACUGGAAUACUACAAUCAAAGACCCCAACACUGGCGUCAUCAUCCACGACACCAAAUGUCACCGUCGCUAUCGAGGGUAUGAAUGGCGAUCACAUGCUUGUGGAUACUCCUGUUGAGACUGGGCCAGUCUCCUACAUGGACACACUUGGCAACCAGCAGCCCUCCAGAAUGGUACCCUUCAGCUUUGAAAAGUCUCUAAACUCUGAUGAUUGUCAAGACUUUGCCUACGUUGUCCAACAAUUUGCUCUAACAAACUAUGACAGUCAUCUUGGUCAGUCAAUUGAACACUCUCCCUUGGUCAAACAAACAGCAGAGACACUAUUUCAAGAGUGGACCAGGUCAUUCAUUUCUUCUGGUGGAGGCAUUUUCAACACAGCACCACAACACCUUCAGUUGACCGAGGAGAUCAUUUCAGAGUCAGUGUAUACAGCCCUUUACCCAAUGUCCCAACCAGCCCUCGUUGACUUUGCAGCCCGUUGCCUGUUCAGCUUCUCAUCAAUCGUUUCCCAACUAUUCUCCAAAACCACCCGUCACAACUCGCUGCAACUGAAUGAUAGAGAUGUGUUCUCUGAGGUCGAAUGGUUGCCCGCACCCAAGUUGGUUGUUGGAUUUAAGGACGAGUGGAUGGAGUCACCAACCACAAUCAUCAAACAUUGGGACAAGGCCCUGAUAGAACCUUACUCACCAAAGAAGAAUAUCACCUACUAUGUAUUAUGCCCCGACACACAGGUUCUGCGGCUCAGUGUCCCGUCCUUCUUCUCAGACAUCAGUUGUAUAUACGAGGUCAAUCAUCUUGGCCAUCACCAACACUUCACAACAACACAGCAGGUACCAGUUACACUACCUCCACCCCAACAGUACCCAAACAAACCUCAACAACAACAACAACAACAACAGACUAUUACCCCAACAAACAUCCAGAUCAACUGCACAUCCAACUCCUCCCUUUUCCCACAAGGUGUUUAUUAUAUACCUCAACCGACCAGUGCUGCCAAUUCCAAACCAAACGACGUCAUCCAACAGACAAUGGCCAGUUAUCUUGGUGCAUGCUCUAAGCUCUGUGAUCAUCUUAAAGAACUGGCGUUGCAGUAUAACGAGAACAACAGCAUUGUUUUGUACAUUGUCAAUCCAUUUACAGACAGCUCUCAGUUUGAUCAGACUACCAAUGACAACAGUAGCACAUUAACCAGUCAACGAGAGUCACUCUUGUUUAUUCAAUCUUGUUUCAAGGCCAUCAUGAGGGAAACAUUCAACAAUGAAGCGUUGAACAUCACCAUCCAGUCAGUGCCCAUCGAACAAUUGUUUCUGGACGAUUCACAAACUACCCCCAUCACAAAGGAGAUUGCUUUCUCUGUCUUUAGCAAGUGCCGCCGUGUCUCGACCAUCUCAUCCAUGCUCCACUCGGCACCUCUUGGCUCUGGACUCACGUCGAUCUUUUGCAACUGGAGCAUGCGAUUUGCCGAUAAGGUCUACGAGCCAUUGUUCAUCCUGUCCCAACAGAAGCAGCAACAAAAGCUUCAACAGGACUCUCUGAACACCAUUCAUGUGUCCUAUAUGCUAUCGGAUAGCAAUAGGUGGCUAGCUUGCACGAUAACUGAUGAGCGAGGCGAAUUGCUCGAGAACAAGUUGUUGCAAACAAUGAUGUCCAACAACGAAGAACUAAUGGUGCGAGAAACUUUAUCCUCUGCUUGGACCUUCAUCAGCAAUGUCAUCAAUCUCCUAUUGGUACCUGGUGGUAUGACAUCCAAGCUGGUCAUUGCAAAGUUUGGCAUAAUAUCAAAGGAUGAGCUAAACGAUUGGCAACGUCUGACAUCAUCAAUACUAAGUGAUCGACUUUUAAUUGAGCACGUACUAUUGGUGAACCUCACAAUGCAUCCUCAUCUACAAGUGUUCUCAUCGGAUCAACUACAAGAUACUCAUGUGACAUUUGACAAUCUGGUUGCACCAGUCAACUCGAUCAAGGGACAGUCCUACGCAAUCUUUCCAAGGUCUCCAUUCAUCUAUUCCUACCAUCUGAAUAACCCUCUACCAUUGGCCUCCUCUUUCAUUGUUACAUCUCCACCCCAAUCGCUCUCUGCCUUUGAGAAGAAGAAUGAGUGGCCCACCGUCUACAUGCUCUCAAUUGUAUCCAACUUGGCCACCAAGUCAUCACUAGAUCCAUUGAAUCCCAAUGAUUUCAUUCGCACUCUCUCAAGAAGCUACAAUUCCUUGUCUUACCUUACCGUUUCGCCAAGAUAUCCCAAUCGAUGCUCAGUUCUGCCCAUUCAUUUUACAAUUACCAAGAGAAUGAGUAGACUCUCUAGUUUUGUUAUACCAAAGUCAACAACAAAUGGCGUACAACAACAACAAUAA